AACUUUUAAAAGUUAUCAAAUCUUGACACCACGGUCUAUAAUUUAAAAGUUAUCAAAGAGCAUACAAUAUUAUUAUAGUUAUGUUUUACUUGUGUUAAAAAAUGAUUGCGAGCGUGGCACUAAUUAACGUCAAGUGUACUGUUUGGAGUACAUACCAAUGAAUAUUUUUUAUUCCGUCCAAUACGAUAACAUUCAGGUUUAAUUAUUUUUAAAAUUAAAAUGGCUCACCUAAAAUUUACCAAUAAAGUUUUUUUUACUUGUUGUUGUAAUGCUUUUUUAAUGGAAAUAUUAAUGGCGAGAGCCCCAGAUAGUGCGAAUUUAGUAACAUUCCUUCAAUUCUUCUUUAUCAGUUUACAAGGUUUCAUAACUUUAAAAUAUAACGUGCUGCAACCAAAAAUACCCUUAAGGCAAUAUGUUUUGUUAAUAUCUCUAUAUUUUAUCACUAGCGUAGCCAAUAAUUAUGUUUAUGCUUUAAAUGUGCCUUCAACACUUCAUAUGAUUAUAAGGUCAGCAUCGUCACCAGCUAGUAUGUUAGUUUCUUGGUAUGUAAAAAAAAGAAAACCAAGAACAAAUGCUAUGAUUGGUUCAGUUAUAAUCAGUAUUGGUGUUCUACUAGCCACGUUGGGAGGGGCUACAGUGGUGGAGGAAAGAAAGGGCACUUUCCUGCACUGGUGUUUAGGAGUAUCAAUUUUACUGACCAUGCUUAUAGUUGGUGCUUUAGUGGGUAUACAACAAGAGAUAUUGUUUACUAAAUAUGGUAAACAUCCCGAAGAGAUGGUCUUCUACACUCACUCAUUGCCAUUGCCAUUAUUUUUGGGAAUAUUCCCUCAACUCUACAACACAACUUUUAGUUUGACAUCAUUUUGUUGGUUAAUUCUUGCUCUGAAUAUUGUAACUCAAAUAUACUGCUCACAUUCCGUCCAUGAACUAGCAACAAAGAAGUCUUCAAUGACUGUGACAUUUAUAUUAACAUUGAGAAAAUUUAUAUCUCUUCUCAUAUCUUCUAUAGUUUUUAAAAGUAAUUUAACUCUUUUACACAUUAUAGGUGCAGUGCUAGUUACGGUGGGCACAUAUUUUUAUUUUGACUUCUUCAUUGCUAGAAAACAAGUACCUGUCAGUUUAAAUGAUAAAAAUCAAUUAAAUAGAAAAAACAGCUGAUGUGAAUUUUAUAAAUUAUUAUACAGGGAUAGUGAUGUAAUAACUUAGAAUCUGUUUUGAAGAUCUUUAUUUACAAUGUUAAGCCAGUAUUUGGUAAAUAAAACCAUUAUUUAAAAUCUAA